UAAUGGAGCUAGUGGGCGUGUCUGUUUAAAAUAAACUGUAUUUCAGACCGCGCGCAGGGCUGGUUUGUAACCACUACUACCAAAGCCAGACUGCAGCGAAGAACGAGACAAACAUGUCGGAAAGCCGGAGAAAAGAUGCUGCGCAAAACGGUGCAGCCCAUAGCACUAGUACAGAGCCACACGUGGCCAGACCAAAUGUUGGCAACAGGGUGACUGUAGUGCUAGGGGCUCAAUGGGGCGACGAGGGCAAAGGGAAAGUUGUGGACCUGCUCGCUCAGGACGCCGAUAUUGUUUGCAGAUGCCAGGGUGGUAACAAUGCAGGACACACGGUGGUGGUGGACUCUGUCGAGUAUGACUUCCACCUUCUACCCAGCGGCAUUAUCAACCCUAAGGUUACUGCUUUCAUUGGUAAUGGGGUAGUGAUCCACCUGCCUGGCCUCUUUGAGGAGGCUGAGAAGAAUAUGCGCAAAGGCAAAAGUCUGGUGGGCUGGGACAAGAGGCUGAUCAUUUCAGACCGAGCACACAUUGUGUUUGAUUUCCAUCAAGCGGUCGACGGUGUGCAAGAGCAGCAGAGACAAGAGCAAGCGGGCAAGAACCUCGGAACAACGAAAAAGGGGAUUGGCCCAGUGUACUCAGCCAAAGCAGCCCGCAGUGGCCUCCGGAUAUGUGACCUCAUGUCUGACUUCACGCAGUUCUCUGAAAGAUUUAAAGUCUUAGCCUCGCAGUAUCAGUCUAUGUACCCGACCCUGGUGAUUGACAUCGAUGGAGAGUUGUGCAAGUUGAAGGAUUACGUGGAGAAGUUAAAGCAUAUGGUGAAAGAUGGCGUCUUCUACAUGUACGAGGCCCUACAUGGACCUCCCAAAAAGAUCCUGGUAGAAGGAGCCAACGCUGCCCUCUUAGAUAUUGACUUUGGAACAUACCCUUUCGUGACCUCGUCUAACUGCACAGUAGGCGGGGUGUGCACGGGCCUAGGCAUGCCGCCUCAGAACGUGGGUGAGGUGUACGGCGUGGUCAAGGCCUACACCACCCGGGUUGGCAUCGGAGCCUUUCCCUCUGAGCAGUUCAAUGACGUUGGGGAGCUCCUGCAGACGAGGGGGAAAGAAGUGGGUGUGACCACGGGCCGUAAAAGGAGAUGCGGUUGGCUGGACCUCGUGCUCAUCAAAUAUGCCCACAUGAUUAACGGCUUCACUGCCUUAGCUCUCACCAAGCUAGACAUCUUGGAUGUGCUCCCUGAGAUCAAAGUUGGUGUGUCAUACUCUGUGGAUGGUGAAAAUAUACCUCAUUUUCCAGCCAACCAGGAAGUCUUACAAAGUGUUGAGGUUCAGUAUGCCACCCUGCCAGGUUGGAACAGUGACACCUCUGCCGUCAGAACGUUCGAUGAGCUGCCAGAGAACGCCCAGAAAUAUGUCCGCUACAUUGAGGAGCACCUCGGUGUGCCCGUGAAAUGGAUUGGAGUCGGAAAAUCUCGGGAGUCCAUGAUCCAGAUCUUCUAAGACCUUCUCCUCCAGACCACACCCUCAGUCCCCUCUCCCUACCUCUGGAUGGCUGCCUGGUUCCAGGGGCCUGUGGCCUGGGAAGGUGGUCUAUGCUGCAUGACCCCCCCCCCCCAUUGGAGACUCUUCAAAAUUGCCCCUCUGGUUGUUAAGAUGGUAUUACACUUCAGUUGCUUGCCAGCCUACACCUGUUUCUCCCCAUGUAUGGCUUGUGAGAAAGCCCCCUCUUCUGGCCUUUCUGGAUCUGCUCUUCUGCCACACUUGCACAUGCACUACAUACACACUCCUAUCCAUUCAAUAUCCCCAUAUUCCAACCUCUGAUCCAGAUGUGUGACACAGUCAUUGACCCGUCUACAAGCCAAUGUCAGACUGUUCGGUAUGACCAUGUGUACAGAGCUGCAGUGGAACUUGGUUGAUUCAUUAACAGAUAUUUUGUGGCUGUACUGUGAUGAAUUCACUUGUGCCCGUUUGUGUAGAUGUAUUCUUUAUACCUAGCAUGAGCCCAUGGCCAUGAUACAGCCCUCUAGCAACUACAGAUUCCAUGUGUUCUGCAUGGACAACGGUCCCUGACGAUACCAGUCUCUGUAUUCAAAUUGCAGAAAAUGUAGAAUCUGUUUGUUGUUACAAAGACCUUGUUCCCAGCAACAUAACUGGAACGAAGCCAUUAUGCAAGAAAAUACAUUUAGGUUCCAUUACAAUCUUAAAUGGGCCUUUUGGAGGUGUCGCAAUCAAACAACCUCUUCAUUUCCCCAGUUGACUAGAAAUGUUGUCUCAUUUCAAAGCAGUAAAAAGUUGUACUACUAAACAGUGAGCAGUUUAGGUCAGUUAGCAUGUUGAUGGGUCAUCUUGCUAUCAAACUCCACAUUUGAAAUGAGUCAUGAAUGCAAUCCUAAAUUUAAGCUCCAACGCAAACACGAUGUAGAUAUGCUAAACUCUAGUCUCAGGACUUCUACACGAUCAUAUCAGUGUAUAUUUUAUUUCUAUGGUUGAUUCUGUUCUGCUACUAUUAGACGUGUGGGUGUUUCUGCAGAUGUAGUGUAUUAGACAGCAGAUUGUCUCCUGACUCAGUGACCACUGUAACACGUGUUUCCCGUUUGUAUAUUAGUGAUUGAAAUAGAACUAUCUAAAUAUUUAAAAUUAAAGACAUUAAAUGAUCUUGCCUGUAAAAAUAUGGAUUGAAUAUAUAAACCUCAUUGGCUCAAUUAUGAAAUAAAAAUAGUUACGGGGAGAGGCAUGUGUUCAAGUUCAACCUUGUACAUGAGGUGCCUAUUCAUGUAGAAUGGGAAAUUGCUAAAAAAUGAGUUUGCCUUUUAUCUGCAGGUCUCUACAGAGAUGGGUGUAGACUGCUGUGAAAGAAGGGCUUUCUACAUUGGUGGUGGAGUGCUUUCUCUUUUUUUUAUAUGUGGAUGUGUCAGACUAGUGUCAGACCCCUUCCCCUUUUCCACAGGAAUGUUUUUUUUGUUUGUUACAGCCUUAUUCUAAUACGGAUUAAAUUCAAUGUUUUCCUCAUCAAUCUACACACAAUACCCCAUAAUGACUACGUGAAAACAGGUUAUUAGAAAUGUUUGCACAUUUAUACAAAAUAAAUACCUUCUCUACAUAAGUGUUCAGACCCUUUGCUAUGAGACUCUAAAUUGAGCUCACGUGCAUCCUGUUUCCAUUGAUCACCCCUGAGUUGUUUCUACAACUUGAUUGUACCUGUGGUAAAUUCAAUUGAUUGAUUGGACAUGAUUUGGAAAGGUGCACACGCCUGUCUAAGGUCCCACAGUUGUCAGUGCAAAAACCAAGCCAUGAGGUUGAAGGAAUUGGCCGUAGAGCUCGAGACAGGAUUGUGUCGAGGUACAGAUUUGCAUAAUUUAAGGUCCCAAGAACAGUGGCCUCCAUUGUUCUUAAAUGGAAGAAGUUUGGAAACCACCAAGACUCUUCCUAGAGCUGGCUGCCCAGCCAAACUGGGCAAUCGGGGGAGAAGGACCUUGGUCAGGAAGGUGACCGAGAAUCCGAUGGUCACUCUGACAGCUCCAGAGUUUCUCUGUGGAGAUGGGCGUACUUUCCAGAAGGACAACCAUCUCUGCAGCACUCCACCAACCAGGCCUUUCUGGUAGAGUGGCCAAGCGGAAGCUACACUUCGGUAAAAUUCACAUGACCACCCGCUUGGAGUUUGCCAAAAGGCACCUAAAGGACUCUCGGACCAUGAAACAAGAUUAUCUGGUCUGAUGAAACCAAGAUUGAACUCUUUGGCCUGAAUGCCAAGCGUCACGUCUGGAGGAAACCUGGCACCAUCCCUAGGGUGAUGCGUGGUGGUGGCAGCAUCAUGCUGUGAAGAUGCUCUCAGCAGCAGGGAGUGGGAGACGAGUCAGGAUUGAGGGAAAGCUGAACGGAGCAAAGUACAGAUGUCCUUGAUUAACGCGUGCUCAGGACCUCAGACUGGGGUGAAGGUUCACCUUCCAACAGUACAACGACUCUAAGCCCACAGCCAAGACAACGCAGGAGUGGCUUCGGGACAAGUCUCAAUGUCCUUGAGUGGCCUGGACUUGAACCCGAUUAAACAUCUCUGGCGAGACCUAAAAAUAACUGCAACGACACUCCCCAUCCAACCUAACAUGGCUUGAGAGGAUCUGCAGAGAAGAAUGGUGCCAACCUUGUAGCAUCAUACCCAAGAAGACUCGAGGCUGUAAUGGCUGCCAAAGGUGCUUCAACAAAGUACUGAGUAAAGGGCCUGAAUACUUAUGUAAAUGUAAUAUUUACAAUUCUAAACCUGUUGCUUUGUCAUUAUGGGGCAUUGUGGAGCUUGAUGAGGGGGGGGGGGGGGGGGGCACACACCUAUAAAUCAGUUUUUAGAAUAGGGCUUUAACGUAACAAUGUUGAGGCGUCUGAAUACUUUCCGAAUGCACUUUAGUUAGUGUCGGGUACAUUCUUGCAUAACUGCUCUACUGAAAACGGUGAUCUCUUAGCUUAGCUUAUGUUAACUGGUAAAGUCUGUUUCAUUGUUCCAUGUGGAUUUUAAGAUAUGUUAUUUUAGUGGCCUUAAAUGUUAACCUGGGCCUUGUAUGUCAGAGGUAUUCAGGCAUCUUUCUUUUCUACCUUGAGGCUCAUCUGGAAAUGAGUGGAUAGGUCAAAAGAAGGCUACACCAAAGCUUUCACCUACACUACAGUGAUGUCCUCAAGGAAGGAAGGGUGUAUUUUAUAAAUAGUCAAAACAGGGUCCAGGUCUUACCCUCCCUGUGUAGUGUCUUGUAGGUGGCUUAGUAUUGUGUUCUCUAUCCCACCACAUCAGCUCAACAUGGCAUGCUUAACAUUGUUGUUUGAGUGGGAUCCAAACAACUUUGUCAGUUAAUUAGGCUUUGAGGAGCAAUGUGUAAAAUGAAUUGACAACGAGCCUCCUUCAGCCAAAAACAAAUGUGUGGGGUGCAAAAGGAGUUUUUGAUGCUUUGAGACAAAGGGAUGAAAUGUAGAGUACAGUGGAUCCUGAUCCAGGUGAAAAAUCCAGAUUUUGUUAGAUGUUUGCUGUACAGUGUGUUUUCUUCCCAGCACUACCUUCCAAAGUCACUAAACUCAGUAAUAAUUUUAAUUAGUGCCAUUUUAAAAGAAACAUUCAUUGGCUUGAUGACUAGGUUUUAAUCUAACUCUACUUUUUAUCCUGUUUUCAUUUGAACAUUGCACAUGUUAACAUUUGGUCUUUUGUUUUGAGACUAUUUACCUACUUUCAGUUUAAUUUCAAUAUUAAACAAUUGUUAAUACAACCCUAGAACAAGAUUCCAACGAAUAAAUUAAACAUGAGAAACAUCA